AUGUCUCCGCGUGUUAUCAACCUUGACAAGCGUGCCGACAUUCAAGUUGUCAUGGGCCUCGACGAAAAUAAGCCCGACAUGAUAUUAAAUUGUUGCUCCCGUGCCUUGGCACGAUCAUCAACUUUCAUAAGGUGUAUGCUCCAUGAGAAGUCUAAGAAUGCUGGCCACGAAGAGCGUAUCAACCAAGUAUUCAUAGAAUGGGGCCAAGGCGAUGUUUUGGCCUGCACAAUAUUCUUCAAUAUUCUACAUUGCAACUUUCAUCAAAUACCGAGAGCGAUCAACUUCGAGACACUGCAUAGUCUAGUCGUUCUAGCUCAUCGAUUUGAAGCCCCGCAGAUGUUGACUCCUUGGGUUGAGUCCUGGAUCACCUCGAUUGAAAUACCAUCAAACUUUCAUCCAAGGUCCCAGUGUAUGAUGCUCGAGACUUGCUGGAAGCUACAGCUACAAGACAAAUUCUUGCACCUAGCCAAGCAGGCCACCAUGAAUUUCAGCAAGACCGACUUUAACAACAUGCGCGAGAUGGGCCUCGAGAUACCACUAGGUACUAUUGAAUGUAUACGGGCAAUUAGAUAUCAGAUCAUGGGAGAAUUAUUAAGCAUGAUUCAAGAUCUCGUAACAAGUUAUCUCGAAUUCGAUAAGAAGCCAUGCCCUUGCCCAAAGGCGCAAUGGUUAAGCGCUUGGAAACGCAAGUCAAAAACACUCGGUUCAUUCAUCACUGGUUUGAUCAAAACGAACCUGUGGCCUCUCCCAGACUCUCACGACGUCAACGACAGUAUUUCAGAGUUCCGACAGAAGAUUACGACGUUUGUUGUAUGCGAAUUGGGCCAAGACUUGGCGGAGUUGGAUCAAGAUGACAGCCUCGAAGGUGAAGGCAAUCUGAGCUUUACGUUGUUGGAUCGCAUUGAGAACAUCUUGUAA